GUAUAUGCACCUAAAGCUGGUUUGCCAACCGCCACAAAAACGUCAAAGAAGAAGAAGCGUGUUGUGAAGGAUGGCAGGACCAGCUUCAGUCGCUGGUGAUGUGUUUGUUGAUGCUCUGCCUUAUUUCGACCAGGGUUAUGAUGCUCCAGGGGUCAGAGGAGCCGCAGCUGCUUUGGUGGAAGAAGAGACGAGACGAUACAGACCAACCAAGAACUAUUUGAGCUACCUGCCCACACCAGAUUUCUCUGCUUUUGAGACCGAGAUCAUAAGGAAUGAGUUUGAGAGACUGGCUGCUCGUCAACCCAUGGAGCUGCUCAGUAUGAAGAGAUAUGAGCUUCCUGCUCCAUCGUCUGGGCAGAAGAAUGACAUCACAGCAUGGCAGGACUGUGUCAAUAACUCUAUGGCCCAGCUGGAGCACCAGGCAGUGCGCAUUGAGAACCUUGAGCUCAUGGCCCAGUAUGGAACUAAUGCAUGGAAGGUGUCUAAUGAUAACUUGGCCUUAAUGAUUGAAAACGCACAAAAGAAACUGCAGAAGGUUAGAAAGCAGAUACAGGACCUGAACUGGCAGCGCAAAAACGAUCAGCUGGCUGGAGGAGCCAAACUACGAGAACUUGAGUCAAACUGGGUGUCUCUCGUUAGUAAGAACUAUGAGAUUGAGCGCGCCAUCGUCCAGCUGGAGAAUGAAGUGGCACAGAUGAAACAGCAACAGGGUGAUGAGAACAAAGAGAAUAUUCGACAGGACUUUUAAAUAAUGAAAACAGUUCAACUCCAUCUUGAAACUGUGUAGACUUUGUAAAAGCAAAUGAUCAAAGUGUGGCAUUGUUUUUUAAAAAUGUUUUUGUUCCAUUUUCAUGAUGAACAGAGAAAAUAUUCUUUAUAAAACACAAAUGAGCAAUAUAGUGUUGUAGUGCAAACAGAGGAUAUGCCAGUUUAUAAUUCAUGAUUUUGCACCAAAAUUAAACAAGAUGUCCAUUUCGACUCUGGAAAUCAGUAACUCACAUUCGUUUACCUGAUGGACGU